UUUUCUUUAUCGAACAAACAAAGACGAAGUCACGAGAAUGACUUUUUGACCCCAGUUUUCAGAUGUUUUGGGGCUUUUGUCAUUGUAUUGGAUUGCUUUCCCAGAAAAACAGAUUUCGUAAUACUCUUCUCUUAAUAUUCUGUAUACUUUUGUAUUUGACUUGUCCAGUAUUACAUAGACUUCUUGUUUUUCCAACGGAAUGUACAUCAGUGGGCCGAAAUGAUGAAGAUCUGAAAUAAUCUUUUUAAUAACCCCAGUGAGAUUAAUUUGUCAUUACAAGGCACGAGAAAUGGCGCUUCAGCCGUUUACAAACGAACAGUUGAACUAUUUUAAGUUUGCUUUCGUCGUCCUCAAUGAAUUCCCAAGAGCAUUACGUCAAACGUUCAAAGCGAUGUGGGACAACACCUUUGGACAUCUCCCUGGUAUGCAACCCUGGGAUGACUCCAUUGCUGUAAGGAAUAUGUUCCUGGCUACAGAAGGCGGAACAACCAAAGUUCUUACGCACCUCUCUUAUGACGAAUGGGAUUGUACCGCCUUAUUCCAGGCUACAAUCUUCGCACGUUCUUUUGCUUUACCAGACAGCGCUGGACAUCACAAAACACUUAGUAAUCUGUUCGUAAGGCCCCGUGGUUUACCUCAUGGACGUUUUCAUGCUUCUGUAAUAAGCCCGGGUGGAAACAAUGCUGAAACUUUCGCGUUGGCGAUCGAUCAACUAUGACUUCUUAGAAACGCGUUUUGCCACUCUUCCAGUUCCAAGAUGUGCAAACCAACAUUUGAUCAAUACAUACAGCAUACUAAAGACGCGUUCGGAGCCCUUGGAGUGACGACAGGUCCUGUUGACGCCGUUGGAAGUUUGACUGAGGCAGACUUUCCUACACAAAGAGUUCGCACUUUGGAGGAUGAGAUCAGGAAAGAGCUCCAGGCAGUAAGUGCAUUUCUCAAGGAAGACGUGAAGGAUGAGUUAGUGGAAAUGAAGGAUGAAGUAGUGGGAAUUAGGUCUGACAUCGUGCAAUUGAAUCAGGAACGUAAAGAAGAUGUAACACGGGCAGGACGAGAAAGAAAAGAGGAGAUUAAGGAGCUACAGAACCAGUUGAGGGAAGACAUCAGAAAAGAACACCAGGGACAGAGAACAUCUCUCCAGAAAGACGUGAAAGAUGAGCUGAUGAGAGUAGGAUCUGAUAUCGCGCAAUCGAACCAGCAACUUAAAGAAGAUGUAACACAAGCAGUGAGAGAAGGAAAAGUGGAGAUUCAGGAGCUACAGAGCCAGUUGAGGGAAGAUCUCAGAAAAGAACACCAAGGACAGAGAGCUUCUCUCAAGAAAGAUGUGAAAGAUGAGCUGAUGAGAAUAGGGUCUGAUAUCGCGCAAUCGAGACAGGAACUUAAAGAAGAUGUGACACAAGCAGCGAGAGAAAGAAAAGAAGAGAUUCAGGAACUGCAUUACCAGCUGAAGGAAGACAUCAAAAAGGAGUUUCAGGCUGAGAGCGCACUUCUCCAGGAAGGCGUGAAACAAGAGUUACAGAGCAUAAGGUCUGAUAUCGCACAAGCGAACCAGGAACGUAAAGAAGAUGUAACACAAGCAGCGAGAGAGAGAAAAGAGGAGAUUCAAGAGCUAAAGAACAAGUUCAAAUUAAAUACAAAGCAGUGCAAAGAGGAAACGUUGGCUUCUUCAAUGAGGACGACCUCCACAGCUGAUCAAGAAAUCAAUGAGCCAGUUGCCGAGUUGAAGCGAAAGUUUGAUGAGCUGCUCAAGGAUAGAAGAUUACCAGAAUCGAAACCCCUUCUUCCAAGAUCGUGCCUUCCUUCCAAGGUGCCCAACUUCACUGGACGCGAGAAGGAAUGUGAAGAGAUAAUUGGGCACGUCACUUCAGCUUCUACUCGACUGGUGUCAGUGUGGGGCUCACCGGGAUUCGGAAAAACUUCCGUUGCAAUCGCAGUGGGACAUGAUUUCCAAGCACAAGGCCUUCCGGUAUACUUCCUGUCAGUGCGUGAGCUGAAGUCCAAAGGCGAUCUAACAUCAAAGUUUCUUGGCUUGCUACGCCGGUCUACGACGCUUAAAGAUGACCAUCAAGCACUAGCACAGAGUUUAACAGUAGAUGAUGAACUUUGCUCAAUAUUUGAUGAGAUGUCUGAGCACUGCGUUUUCAUUCUUGGUAAUGCCGAUGAUUUACUUGAAAGUGGCGUACCAAACGUGAAGGAAGAGGUUAUGAAUCUACUUGAAGAAAUUCUGAAUCGCAGCGACUGACAAAGUGACUUUCCUUCUUACCACAAGGGAAUCUUUGAGGUUCUUGGAUUUCCGUUUGCAAGGACACCAGGCUGUAAGAAUAAGGGAACUAGAUGAGUCAUCUUCUCAACACCUGGUUCAAAAGUUGCUUCCAGAAGCCAGUGGCUCUGACUGUGUAAAAGUUUCGCACAUCUGCGGGAACGUGCCCCUAGCAAUGAAGCUGUUGUGUUCCUCUGUUACUGAAGACGGUUCUCAACCUGGCCCUUUUGUUGACGAGUUCAUGGAGACGGCCACAGCGGACAACAUUGUGGAAAUGUUAGACAACCCAGAUUACCCCAGCGAUCUGAGAAUGAAGUCACUUUUCGACGCUUCUUUCCAAAGACUCACUACUCAAGAUAAGGAAGCUCUAGUAUCCUUGUGUAUUCUAUCCGAACAGUUUGAUCUGGAGAUCGCCGCAACUGUUCUGGGAAUAAGAUGAACCGAAGCUUCAAAGGCGCUGCAAAGACUUCAGCGGAAAUCUCUCAUAGAUUCCAGUUCAAACUCUGGAAAAUUUACCUUUCACAAGCUUCUUCAUUCAUUUGCAAGUGAAAAAGGAGAACUUGAGAUGAAAGAAACGGUUCUCGACUCCAAAAUUCGCUUUUAUGAGUUCUACAUUGCCUUAUUCGAGAAGCUUAACGGGAACUUCCUCACUGGAUUUUCCAUGCGUUCCUUUAUCCAGUUCUUUGAAAACGAACAAAGGAUCGUUCAAAGUCUGAUUGACGGUUGUUACUAUUCGAAGACAGUUGACAGAAUUUUGGAAGUUUUGGUCAAGGCAGAGUUGUUCCUUUACUUUCUUUAUUACCAGGGAAGAGCUGUGCCCGACAAGAUUUACGAUUCAGCAAUAACGGCGGCCACUCGUCCUGGUAAAGAUUAUUUCAACAAGGCACUGCUUGGUUCCAAAGCUUUUGGCGAAGUAAUUCAUGCUCUACCUGGAGGGACGUUGCAGCGGCUUUCUGAAGUCGAGGAAUCACUUGUUCCUACCUCCGUCGAUGAUAUCAAGCAGAAAGGAAAACUCUUGUUUUAUGGAGGAAUUUAUCAGCUUGUUAUGGGCAAUGUUGGAGGAGCGAAAUGUUUAGAAAAAGCUGUUUCUUCGAUGGAUGCAAGUCCAGAGCACACAACACUAAAGCUGAUUGCGUUUCAAAUUCUUUCGCUGUAUUUUGGCUACAAAAAUAACUCGGAAAAGUCCUCUUACUUCUACAUGAAAGCACUGCAGGAAUGCCAAGUAGUGGGAGACAAGGGCUUACUGGUGAUCCCUAAAGUCGAGGGAACAAUAAAGGAAGGUGAGGCAAAGAAAGCACAUUCAAGAAAAUGCCAAAUCACCGCAAACCAGCCACUUCAACUUGAAAUUAUCUUUCUCGUGAGCCAAGCAGUUAAGAAUUUCUCUACUACUGAAACCUAUCAGUGUUUUGCACUCUUGCUAUCGAAAAUACUUCAACAUUAUAAGACGGCAUUUCCAGCAGGAAUGACUGGUUCGUUCCAUUAUCAUUUCACUGGCAUACGUUUUUUGCGGACGUUAUGCAAACAACAGGGCGCGGGAAUCACCAUCGAAGAAAUACUCGGUUUACCUGGCAGAUCAGCAGACCAAAACGAGACUGAGAAAACUAAACUCCCCUCAACUCCAGAAAAACGGAAAGAACACAUCCAACGCAAGUACUCAGAAGCUCUAGAGUCAACCAAGCGUGCACUUGCCAUCACGCUCAAAUUGCUUGGUGAACAACAUUCAGAGACCGCUGACAGCUAUCAUUCAUUAGGGAUUACACAACACUUACUGGAAGAUUAUACCUCAGCUACCGAGUCACACAAGCGUGCACUCGCUAUCAGACUAAAACUGUUUGGUGAAGAACAUCCAGACACCGCCGACAGCUAUCAUUCAUUAGGGAUUACACAACACUC